GAAGUACUUUCACUUCUGUUACGCCAAAUGGAGCUGCAAGACAUCAAGAGACGAAUCAUGGAUUCGGUAUUUGUGUCUGAAAAUGGCUAUCUUGAUUUGCUGCACAGUGAUAUCGAUCCAUUGCAUCUGUAUACUCUCCUUGAUCCUAAGUCAUCUGGAAAUGAAGAAAGUGACUUCUCUGCAGAUCCCGAAGCUGAUGCCAGCAACUAUGAUCAGUUCAAUAAUUUGGAUUUCCUGUGUACGAUGGAAAAUUGUGAAAAUGGGGAUGAACUGUAUCUCUGUUCCAACACCAUAGAAGCCUAUGCUAGAAUAGCUGAAUUAGCAGAAUAUGUGCUCAAAGAUCAGCAGGAAAAGCAGGUGGAAGACACUUUUGCAGGGAACCUUACUUUGGAUGAAAUGGCUGCUGAAAACACUGAGAAACUUACUGACAUAAAGAUGCAGAAAUGUCACAAACGAACCUUCUUAGGCUCUGCAGAGAGUUGCUCUGGUGCUUCAGAACCCAAAUACAAGAAAAUUGUGGAAGUCCCUGCAGUGUCUGCAGGGAAUGGCAGUUUCUUAGCUAUGCCUCUCAACAGCUAUCCAGCCGGCUUCACCUCACUAACUAAGCAGCACAUGUCCUUUUCUGUUCCUGCUACCAAUGCAUUGGAAAGAAGUUUCAUAAUUCCCGAAUCUUCAGCACCUUUGAUUCCAGAGUGCCUACCUGUUGGCAUGAAAGGGAACCAAGAGAAUACAGGCUUUGCAGAUCCUCCUCAGCAGAUACUUGUUCUUGGAAAUGGCACAUCUGAUGUUAUAAUAUAUCCAGUGCUAACUUCUUCCAUGGAAACGCUGAUAUCCCCAAGUUUUCCAGUUAGUUUAUGUGGUUUAGAAAUGUUCAAAGAAGUCCAAGUUCCCAUAAUUCCUUCUGAAGAACCAUUCAAAAGACCAAAGCCAGUGGAAACUUUCUGUACAUCACUUAAGGAUUAUUUCCGAGACGUGUGCAAAUCUGUGGCCAUGGAGCGUGAAGUAACUCUUGAUCACCUGUUUAUUGAUGGGACACUUGUUCAAAGCCAAACUGAAACCAAGACUGGGAAGAAUAGUGUAAAAGCAAUGGAAAAGGAGCUGGUAACUUGCAGUCUGCAAGGGAAGGAAAAGGCAGUCCUUAACAGAAGCCAAAUAUUUCAAAUCCUGGAAGGUAAAUACUUAGACACUAAAGUGAUUGUGGUGCUGGGAAAAGCAGGAAUGGGCAAAAGCAUUCUUGUUCAGAAGAUCUGCCAGGAUUGGUCCAAUGGAGAGUUUCCUCAAUUUGAAUUUGUAUUUUGGUUUGACUGCAAACAAAUAAGCUUGCCUGAGAGGCGAUACAGCCUGAAGGAUCUGCUUCUUGAAUUUUUUAUAAAACCUCAAGAGGGAAGCAAAGAGAUCUUUGAGUAUCUAUUGCAAAAUCCUGCUAAAGUCCUUCUGGUUUUUGAUGGUUUUGAAGGGUUGCAUGAUCAUGACAAUUCUCCUCGUUGCUCGGCCAGCCAGCCUGAAGAAGACUUGUGCAGUAUAAAGGAGCUGCUUUCAGGACUCAUCCAAAAAAAGAUACUCAAUGGUUGUACUUUAUUACUUACAGCAAGACCAAAGGACAAGGUGUACCAGUAUGUGUCCAAAGUGGAUAAGACUAUUGAAAUAGUAGGAUUUUCCCCUCAGCAGAGAGAAUUGUACAUAACCAAAUACUUCGAAGGAUUACCCUACUGUGAUAAUGCACUGAAGUUAAUCAAAGAGUGUGAGUACUUGUUCAGUCAUUGUUACAGCCCUGUUAUGUGUAGAUUUGUUUGUUUUCUCUGUGAGACAGUACUGGAAAUGGGAGAUGAAAGCCUUCCUUCAACUCUUACUACAGUCUUCCUGAAGUUUGUUCAGCAAAAGAUAAUACCUAUGCAAACAGAUGUUACAGCCGUGCAAAAUCAAGAGAGUCUUGCUACGCUAGCCCGUAUAGCCUGGUAUCUUGGAGAAAAGCACCAAAGUGCCAUGAAAAGUGAUCUUCUUCCUUCUAAGGAAGUUAAAGAGUUUGCUCUGAAAUAUGGAUUUUUCCUGCCAUUUGCAUUCCCCAGACAUUCAGAUAGUGGAGAAGAGGAAUUUGGGAGCACAUUCUCUGAUUUUGUCAUUCAGAAUUUCUUGGGUGCACUUCACCUUAUGUUAGCAGAAGACAUCAAGGAUAAGAGUCUAACAAAGUACUUGUCUUUUCCAUCCAAGAAGAAAAAACCUUAUAACUGGUUAGACUUAGUACCUCGAUUUUUGGCCGGAUUGUUGUUCCUCCAGGAUGAUCCCUACUUCUGUUCCCUUUCAAAUAAGGAUGUAAAACAAUCAACCAAGAAGCAGAAAACACUUUUGAAAUAUAUUAGAAGGCUGCAGAUAAAUGAGCUCUGUCCGGAGAGGUUACUUGAGCUUUUACAUUGUAUUUAUGAAACACAAAGCAAUUAUCUUUUGCAGCAUGUGGCCUUAAGGCUUAAGCCAGACCUGUCUUUUCUGGGCAUAGUUCUUACACCACCUGAUGUCCAUGUACUGCGCUCUAUUUUAAAAAAGUCAAGAAAAGAGUUUUCCUUGGAUUUGCGAAACAGCAGCAUUGACAUGCAAGGGCUAAAAGACUUGGCUGGUCUAAAGAAUGUGGCAUCAUUCAGGGCCUCCCUCAGUGAUACAGUCAAGCUCUGGAAAUCUUUAGAACAGACAAAAGACUAUGAACUGCUGAGAGCAUCAAUAGAGAAAUUUGUUCUUGAUCCCUUUAAGGCAAAGACAAUGAAGGACAUCACUGACCUUUCAGACCUUGUAGAGAUGCAGGAGAAGAUGAUCAAUUGUGUGCAAGAUGCAUCUGGUUGCAGCAGCUAUGAAAUUCCUGCCAUCAAAAACCUCAGAAAGCUAGAAUUUGCGCUGGGUCCAGUAUGUGGCCUUCAGGGAUUCCUAAAACUCGUGGAAAUUCUUGCAGCAUUUCCAUCACUUCAGCACUUAGACCUUGAUGCUCUGAGUGAAAAUGGCAUAGGAGAUGAAGGAGCAGAGAGUCUAUCUGAAGUCUUUCCAACCCUGAAAUCACUGGAAACAUUAAACUUAUCACAGAAUAAGAUAACAGAUGUGGGUGCGGAGAAGCUAGCUACAGCUCUUCCUUUCUUGUCUUCGUUAAAGACACUAAGCUUAUACAAUAAUAGCAUUUGUGAUUUUGGAGCAGAAAAUCUUGCGAAAGUUCUUCCUGCGAUGGCAUCUUUAAGAGUGCUAGAUGUUCAGUAUAACAAAAUAACUGGUGUUGGAGCCCAGCAGCUGACUGACAGCCUACGAAAAUGUCCCCAUAUAAAGAACUUAGUGAUGUGGAAUCCCACCAUUCCCUACGGAGUUCUCGAACACCUUCAGCAGCUGGACUCUAGGAUCAGUGUGUAGAUUCAGAUGAUCCCAUAAAAGGUAACAUAAACAAGAGGGGAAGGUGUCAUCUGUGUUUUCCUAUCUUCUUGCUGCUUUAUGAAUCGGUGGCUGACUUUCAUGAUAGUGGCAAAAUGAAAAGUCACAUUUAAGCUUCUUGAGUGAUGCUUGAAGUGGGUGAAUGAUGGAGUUCACAUUUUUUAAAGGUCACUUAAAAUGCUAUUCAAAGACCCAGUUGUGUUUCUACUAAAGUCAUGAAGAGUUAAGUGAUAUCAAAUUUCAAAGAUGAAAAGAGCAUCUGGAUGUUGUGAUCACCAUUAAAUAUGACCAGGAAUCACCAGGAUACUGAUAGUAUAAAAUUCCAUCAUCAAUUCAUCAGAGAGUAGUCUGCAAGCUGCUGGACCUGCAACGUCUGAAAUAGUGACAGAUCAAAUCUAAUUGUUUCAUGGUGCCAGUGGUAACUGCAAUCAAAUUCGGUUUGAUGAUUUUGGACUUCCAAAGCUCAAAGUUACCAGUUUCACCUGUCUGUCUGAACUGAUUUGAAGCAUUAGAGUCAGGAGCAUAAAUAAGAAUGAUCAGUCUUAGAAAACAGUCUGUUACUGUGAGAUUAUCCACAAGAAUCUAGAAGUAGCUCUUUUCUUGUUGCUAAUCACCAAUGCUGUCUUAAGGGAUACAAAGAUAUUUUCUAUCACUCUCUUGUUAUGGAGUCCUUCAAAACGAUGGGAAAAAAAGAAGUAAAAAGAAAGGAGUUAAAACUGGAAAACGAUUAAGGAUUUUUCUGACAUUAUUGCAGAAAUCCAAAACCAUACAAAUAGCUUUUGCUAUUUGUACAAAAAUCCUCACAGUGAUAAUCUUCAAAGGUUUUUACUCUGCCUCAAAUGAGAGCUUUAAAUUCAUAUACCUGGAUUGGGAUUUAGUUUCUCACUUGCAGGUGGCAGCAUAAAUGUACAAGCAUCGAUUUUAUACUUGACAGUGAAAUCACUACUGUGUGUGGUUUAUGUGGCCUUCUUUUACAGAGUUAUGACUAACUAGGCAAUGACAGACAGUAACAUAUUUCAAAGUCUUACCAUGUGUCUGUGCUGUUGGUCUCAGUGAUAUGUGGGCCAAAUAUUGGUCCUGCUGACUGCGAUGGCAAACCAAUUGUCUUCUUUUUUCUUUUCUUUUAGCUCUGUGAACAUGGAGACAACUUAUAAUUGUACAGAGACAAUUGUCAAGACUAGCAUUCUAGCUCCCUGUCCGGUUAGAGUCUGGAGACAGAAAAACAAAAAGGGACGGAAAAAGCUAGGAAUAUUCAAUAUGCCACAAAUUGGGAAGGGAGGUCUCUACUUCAUGGUUAGCUCAGGGUUAGCUCAACAGCCUCCUUGAAAUCUCUUCAGCUAGGAAGCACUGACAAUACUGACCCAAGGAUCUAUGCAAACUAGAAUCUCUCAACUAACCUCUCAAAUACUCUGUUAUUUGGUUCUAAAAAAGUCCCUAAUUUGAACAGUUCAAAACCACAAUCUUUAUGUUCUUUCCAGAAAAUUACACUACUCUGCUAAAGCGUCAGUGCCAGCAGAAUCUUGACAGCAGGGAUGGAGGGUGGACAAAUUAAAGAAGGAAGGAAGGAAGGUCUGUUUUUUGUUUCUGUUAAUCAAAGGAGGGCAGGGAACCAGACAUAGUACGUGAAGGAAAGAGUACAAGAGAGCAAGGUGGAAAAACUCUAUGGAGAAUAUGAUUGUAACUAGAAAGUGGUAUUUUUCUUAACUAUCUGCAUGGUUCUUGUCUCUAGCCCAUCAUGGAAAAAAAAAAAUCUCAUUUACACUCUCCUCUUUCAGCUGCUUGAAUGGGAGGUAGCUUGAGCCAAAUCUUGCUUGAUGUUCCCAUCAGCCUGCGGCACUCCAGCUGUGCAGAUCUAUGGUGAGCCCUUGUCUUGGCUUCCCUUAACUAAGCUUUGCAUGACAGAUGCCCCGUAGGGAUAUAUUCUGCAGCUACACUUCACUCUGACUGAAUCUGAGAAUGUGCUAAAUAUUACACAGGCAGCUGAAUGUUACAGGACCCUGUCUGGACUGAUAAAAUCAUGUUGGAUGUACUG